GUCCAGAACCUCGGAAAAGGUACGAGUCUUGCUUUGAAUCCUCUCUGGAAACAUUCUCUCAUCUUCUCUCCUCUCGACAAUGAAGGCUUUUAUCGUGUUGGCCCUCGUGGCUUGCGUUGCUGCUCGCAGCGUGGACAUUGACACCCUCCGUUUCCUCUCAAAGGAAAAAUCCCUCCUGUCCAGGGAUGACCUCCUUUUGAACAAGGACAACAAGCUGUGGUCCAACACCCACCGGUUCUCUCUGCCAAAGAAAACCCUUCUCAGCAGCAGCUACGAUUACCCCACCCAAUCGUACUACGGAGAUGACGAUGUCGAAUCCUGGACUCAACGCAGGGUGACCAUCCUCUCCCUUGAGGAGCUCGUGUCCACCCCACUCUUCCGAGAAUACCUCCAAAUCCCACUUUUCCGUCAAUUCUAUGAACAAUACCCAACCGUUUUCAGACGUUAUGUCGAGUCUCCACUCUUCCAACAGUUCUGGACCGUUCCCCAGUUCCAGAUGUACUUCAGGAACCCAAUCUUCUUCUACAAGUACAUUGUCCCACAAGUUCAAAUCAUCGCCCAGAACGUGCCCUACACCUCUGAGGGAGAUUUCUACAACUACGACAAGUACAACACGGGUUACUCCUACGACAAGUACAACACCGGGUACAACUACGAUGUCCAAGACUACGUCAACACCCCACGUCACUACGGCCAGCGAGACAUCACCGUUGAAGAGUACUUGAACAAGAUUUUCGGCCAUGGAAUCGACCGAACUUCCACCUACGUGCCAAGGUCCGUCUUCCCAUACGCCUAUGGAAAAUCCUACCCAACCUUCGACCGAUACAGCAGCCCAAUCUUCGCUGGACGUCAAUACUACGGAGACAACGCUGUCAACUACAAAUUCCUCUUGGACAAAAUCUACAAGACCCUCUUCGUCAACAAGCCAACCGUCGGUGAGGUCACCCAAGUCCGAACGGAUGUCAAGGUUGCCCCAGCCCACAAGGAAAUCGUUGUCGAACCAGUCACCGGAGAGUCCAAGGUUGUCUAUGAGCCAACCAAGAUCGUUGACGUCAAGGUUGACGAGAAGAUCAUCCCCUCCUCCGAGUACCACCACACCACCGAUGUUGAAGACGUCAUUGUCAAGGAAUCCCUCCUCAAGCGUCUCCUCAUCACCAAGAGAAUCACCCCUGAGCUUUACAGCAUCUUGAAGAACCUUCCCCUUCACCACGUCAGGGAAAUCGUCCGACGAAUUGUCUCCCCAUCCGUUGUCGAUGUUGACUCCGUCUACGGUGAGGAUGUCACCUUCCCCACCCGACACUACGAAGACAUCAACAACGUUGACUUCAACGAUGUCGUCUACCGUCACAGAAUCAACGAGAUUGUCAACCAACUGUACAAAAAUGAACUCGUUGGUGAACGACACAUCCCAGUUGUCCGUGACUUGUUGAAGGUCCUUGGUGGACACCACACCACCCGAGAUGUCCUCCCUACCACCUGGGAUGAGGUUGUCCGCGUUUAAAUUUCCUCUUCAAAAUCUUCCACCUCCACCACUUUACUUUUUUCUAAACUCUUGUUUCCUAUGAGGGAGUCAAUAUUUUGUCAAGUUUAAAAACCCAGCCAAUCCUACAGUUUUGAUUUUUCUGAGAGAAAUUAGUUCGUAGUUUUGGUCAUAGUUUUUAAACCAGAUAGAAAUUGGCUAACUCGAAGCCUGACUCGGUACCUGUUUUAAAGGACUUGACCAAUCUUUUUGGAAUUGCUGUUGUAAGAUGUAGAUAUAGGAUAUAGUUGGCAGAAUUGUAUCGGCUUUAAAAAAUGUUUUGUGAUUUAAAACCUCACGAGACGAGAGAAUUGAAAUCAAAAUUAAUAAAUGAGUAAAAAAAACUAAA